CUUCUUCAUCUCUUCCUCCAGGUUUCGGGAAUGGGGACGUAUGAUGCGACUCUUGGGCCCUUGUUCGAAUCGGUGGUCCUCACCACUCUACUGUACGGGGGUGAGUUCUUCUUGCUUGACCGUUUGGCCUUCUCCGCUAACCCGAAGAUGAUAGUGAGCUGCCUCCAAGUGUGGCUUUAUUUCCGGAAGUAUGGAACGAAGGAUAGUUGGGUGAUGCGUACGGCGGUAGCGUUGGUCAUGAUAUUCGAUACAUGUCAACAGGCAAUGAACUCAGCGACUGUGUAUUUCUAUGUCGUCACCGGUCACGACGACCCAACUAUCCUGUUGACCCUCUACAAACCUUUGAUCGCACAAGCUGUACCUGGUGCACUAGUUGCCCUGUUCGUUCAAUUGUUCUUCGUUUGGAGGAUUUGGAAGUUAUCCAACGGUGCAUGGUACGGUUAUCCUAUCACAGGGUUUCUGGCGGUCCUCACUGUGGCUUCGUUCGCGGUCCUUAUAACCUAUUUCGUGAAGGCAGUUGCAUUGGACACAGUGCCGGAGUUGUCAGAAAUAGAAACUCUCACGACGACUGCUAAUGUGAUCGCAGCUGUAACCGAUAUUGCCAUCUCCUGUGCGAUCAUCUUCAUGUUGAACCGCGCGAGGACGGGCUUCCGGACGACCAACAGUAUGAUCAAUAGGCUGGUCACUUUCUCUCUCAACACUGGCUUGGUGACAAGCGUCGACGCUCUCAUCGCGGCCAUCACUCUGAAAGUAUGGCCGAACACAUAUAUUUACAUGCUGUUCUACCUCAUGCUUGGGAGAUUAUACACCAACUCACUCAUGGCCACCCUCAACUCCCGCGAAUACAUCCGCGGCACAUCAACCAACCCCAACAGCUCCCUCUCCGCCCCGCAAGCCAUGCCCCUCCAAUCCGUCAAUCGACAAUUCCCCCAGCCGCAUAUCAGCACAUUCACUAGUUCUCCUGGUGGUCAUGGUCAUGAUGGCGACCAUAUCGCUAUAAGGAUAGAUACGAUCGCGCAGACGGACGCGCAGAGCGAUAAGGACUAUUAUGGGGAGGCGAAAGCGGAUCGUCCUGGGAGAAGUCGUUCACGAGUGGAAAGCAUGGAGGUUUAUCGUAUUCGUGUCAUGGGCUUCAACACCACUGUCCUUUCUUCUCGGUCCAACGUCCCGCGCAAACUCCCAUCUUCAGACCUCAGCGGUGGUUUGGAUACAUAUGCGCUCCAGAGUUGUGCCCAUUGCCAGUCACCUCCCCGUUCGGACGUUCCACUGGCAAAAGCGGCGAACCAGGAAGGUGGCCAAGUUCGAAUUCGAAUUCAAAACUCCGCCGUGUGCGUGUCACGGUAUGGCCCUCGUGCCGAACCACUCGGUGGCGCAAGGCAUGUCGAGCACGAAUAA